AUUAAAGUAUUUCAUGUCUUGUAUUAUUUUAAUGUUAGUAGUGUAUUGGUGAAUAGUGUAAAAACGUUACAGCAUUUAGAGUGGUCCAUCGCUCAGAGCGGGGCCUGAGGGGCGCGGCCACCAUGUUCAUCUACACGUUCAUGGCGGGCAUCGUGGACACCAUCACCGGCGGCGAUGACGAGCAGAACUACGAUCCUCACACCCACCGAAAAGUGGAAAGACCCACAUCAUACAUGGACACCAUGAUCCACCUGCUGAAGGGCAGCAUCGGCGCCGGCAUCCUGGCCAUGCCCGACGCCAUGUCGCGCAUGGGCAUCGUGUUCGGCAUCGUGGGCGUCGUGUUCAUCGCCGUGUUCGCCACCUACUGCAUCCAGCUCCUGAUCGCGGCGCAGUACGAGCUGUGCAAGCGCUGGCGGCGCGGGUACAUGGCCUACCCCAAGUCCAUGCGGCUGGCGCUGCAGGACGGCCCGCCGUGCCUGCGCUGGGCCGCGCGCCCCUUCUACUACUUCGUGGACGUGGUGCUCAUCCUCUGGCAGCUCGGCAUCUGCUGCAUCUACCUCAUCUUUGUCGCCGAGAACGUCAAACAGGUGUGUGACUUCAAUGACGUGGUGUUCUCAAUACGUAUCCACAUCGCGUUUCAGCUCGGGCCCCAGCUCCUCCUGAACCUAAUUAAGAACCUUAAACUUCUGACACCUUUAUCCACGAUCUCGAACGUAGUGACCAUCUUAGGGCUGAUCCUCGUAUUCUUCUACCUGAUAGAAGAUGAUGUUGUCCUUAGUAAAGAAAUGCUUGAAAUCAAACGUUGGGAAGACAUUCCUGUUUUCAUAGGAAUAACGUUGUUUGCUCUGGAAGCCGUCGGUGUGGUUCUGGCGCUGGAGUACAACAUGGAGCAGCCCAAGCAGUUCGUGGGGCUGGUGGGGCUGUUCAACGUGGGCAUGCUGAUCAUCAUGAGCAUGUACGCGCUGGUGGGCGUGUUCGGCUACCUCAAGUACGGGCACAGCAUCAAGGCCUCGCUCACGCUCAACCUGCCGCACGAACAAAAAAAGGCGCAGGCAGCAAAAAUAACACUCGCACUCGCCAUUUUCCUCUCAUUCCCCCUACAGAACUUUGUGGCCUACAACAUUUUGUGGCGAAAACUUAGGAAGACCAUACCAGAGUCGAAGCAUUGUCUUCUUGACUACACACUGCGAGUACUGCUCGUCAUCAUUCCGUGGUUGCUGGCGAUGGCGAUGCCGCACCUGGGCCCCUUCAUCGCGCUGUUCGGCGCCUUCUGCCUGUCGCUGCUGGCCAUCGUGUUCCCGGGGCUCAUGGACGCCUGCAUCUGGUACCCGGACCGCUACGGCGCUUGCCGCUACAAGCUGCUGCGCGACGUCUUCAUCGUCGUCGUCGGCUCCUGCUGCCUGGUGGCCGGCUGCUACACCAGCGUGCUCGAGAUCAUCGAACACGCUAUUGUAGCAACGGCGUCGGCGUCGGAGUAACAGUAUUCUCUUGGGUACAUACACUUAAGCAAAACAUCAAUCAUCUAAACAUU